UGUGAAUUUUUCUUUUGCCUUUUGCUACAGAAUGAAAAUUGGAAUGGUUUUUGUGUACAUUUAUAUUCUCUGGUGCAUUUUCCAGUGUCUCGUUCUACUACGAAUUUUCCAAGGAGCAAGACUAUAUUUGCUCGAAGCCAGACGAUUCCGGAAUGCACCUCUGUUCGAAUCUUCCCGCAUAUCGUGUUGGUCCACUGGUUUGCAAUGCAUCAGCAGUUCCAUUCUCUCGCAAUUUCCCAACAAAUUCAUCAUGUGUCAAUUGGAAUCAGUAUUAUACAAAUUGUACUCAGUUGGGCGGAAAUCCCUUUCAAGGCACCAUAUCCUUUGAUAACAUUGGAUUAGCUUGGGUUGCAAUUUUCCUGGUAAUAUCGCUGGAAGGAUGGACGGAUAUAAUGUAUUACGUGCAGGAUGCUCACAGUUUCUGGGAUUGGAUUUACUUUGUGCUACUCAUUGUGAUUGGGUCAUUUUUUAUGAUCAAUCUGUGUCUUGUCGUUAUCGCGACGCAAUUUUCCGAGACGAAGAAGCGCGAAAUGGAGAGAAUGCGUCAGGAGCGCGCGAGAUUCACGUCAACGUCCACCCUUGCCUCCAGUACAAAUAACUCAGAGCCGACAACUUGCUAUGCGGAAAUUGUGAAGUACAUCGCACAUCUGUGGAGGCGCUUCAAAAGGAGACUUAUUAAGAAGUUACGAUUGUAUAAGUAUCAGAAGAAGCAGCGCAAGGAGGGUCUACUUCCGACGCCGGACAUUCUGACACUCUCGCCCAGCAAGAUUAAGGCGCAUCAUCCGAAGUGCCACAAGUACGGCAUGGAAAAGGCGACGAACAUCAAAGAUCCGCAACAGCUGAUAACGGUAAUGGUGCCACUUAAUUCCACGAGCGCUCCCAACAACACCGCCGCCGUGGCCACGACUGUGGCGGGUGGCAAUGGGGCCAUCAAUGGCAUCGAGACGUCGCUGGUGAACUCAACGGCGGCCCAAAUGGUGGCCAAUGAUGGCCAAGUGUCGUCGCCUGAUAACUCAGAAUUAUCAUUGGAUCACUCGAGGAGCAACUCAGUGAGGCGGAAAAACAUCAACAACAGCAACGGACGAGAGGAGCAGAAGCAGAAGACGCUGCUACUUAAAAUUCCGAGCAUGACGGAGUCGGAACAAUUAUUGAGUGAGAGAUCUAACUCGGGCUUUCUCAGUCCGCCAAUAUCCACAAGACGUCGCUCUUCGGUGAUGUUCAAUGAAUACGUAAUUCUGCACACGCCGCCCACGGUUCCGGAUCCUGGCGUGGAGAAGAAUGUGAGCGAGAAGAUGACUCAGGCUGGGGAUGGGAGUAUUUGGCAAGUGAAUUUGCAGAAUACCAUCGGCAGUCAUGCCAUGCAGACCGCCUUGGUGGAUUGCUCUGACUUGAGUCUGAACGAGAUGACGUGUCAGGAAUUGUUGGCAUUCUCCGUGGCAUUUUCCGCCGCUCUGCCAACUGGCCAUGGCACACUCGAGUCAUUCUAUACAUCGCUGGCGCGCAGUGAACCACGUCCCGCUCCUGUCGCGGGUACAGAAGUUGUGCUGCAUCAGAAUUCCACGGCGUCCACCCAGGAGGACUUCUCGUGCUGCUACGAGCACUACCAGAAUGCGCUGCUAGAGGCGGAGAGCAUGAAGGUGAAGCAGAAGUCGCGCUUCACACUCACGCUGGUGACCAUUUACAAGGUGGUGAGCAAGGUGUUUGGCUUCAUGCAGAAGUACGUGAAGCGAUUUGUGGAGCACAAGUACUUCCAGCAAGGCAUCCUGCUGGCCAUCCUCAUCAACACACUGUCGAUGGGCAUUGAGUACCACAAUCAGCCGGAAGAGCUCACGGCCAUCGUGGAAACGAGCAAUGUCGUGUUCUCGGCCAUUUUUGCCCUCGAAAUGCUGCUCAAAAUCAUCGCCGAAGGUCCUUUUCGCUACAUUUCCAACGGCUUCAACGUGUUCGACGGCGUGAUUGUUGUUCUCAGUGUUGUGGAGCUGUGCCAGCAAUUCCUCGGCGAGCGGGAGGGAAACUCUGGCCUGAGUGUAUUGAGGACAUUCCGAUUACUCCGCAUCCUGAAGCUUGUUCGCUUCAUGCCCAAUUUGCGACGACAACUGCUCGUGAUGCUGAGAACCAUGGACAAUGUUGCCAUAUUCUUUUCUUUACUCAUUCUAUUCAUUUUUAUCUUCAGCAUACUUGGUAUGUACUUAUUUGGGGGUAAGUUUUGUAAAUUUAUGGACCAUACUGGACAAGAAAGGGAAUGCACUUGUCCGGAGAUUGUAAGCAAGCAUCCGCUCUGUGAAUGUGAUCGCAAACACUUUAACAACAUACUGUGGGCGACAGUAACAGUUUUCCAAAUAUUGACACAAGAGGACUGGAAUGUGGUGCUCUUCAAUGGCAUGGAAAAGACCAGUCACUGGGCAGCGCUGUACUUCGUGGCUCUGAUGACCUUUGGCAACUACGUCCUCUUCAACUUACUUGUUGCUAUCCUCGUGGAGGGAUUCAGCUCUGAGCGCAACGAGCGUCGUGAGCGCGAGCAACGCGAGUUGGUGAAGAAGUUGCGUGAGGAGAAUCUCUCGGAGAAUAUUAAUGACAUCUACGAUGACAUUCGGAGCUUCUCUGAGUCCACAACCACCAGCGACAGCUAUCAGGAGAUGAAGAACAAGUGGCACAGCGCCGAGGAGUUGAGGAAGAAUCGUGACUCCGUGGCGGAGCCAAAAUGUAACAUUCAGAAGCAGAAGUUGUUGCAGCCAAAGUCGGACUACUCAAGCGAUUCGCUGGCCAAGGCGAUUGUGCCAAGCAGGCAAUUUGACCGGGACGCCGCCAGCAAUUCGUCGUUGCGGGUGAAGCCAAACAGAAGUCACUGCGAGGUGUUGAAGCUGGACUGCAUCAAAUUGAGCGAACCGCCGACAAUAACGACAACCGCAGCCACGCCACAGGACUCGCCCAACACAACAGAGACGAGCAGCUUCAAGCCAUGGGACGAUCCGAACUUCGACAGUGCAGACAAACAGUCGAGCCAAAGCAUUCCGUCUCUCUUGCAACCGCCGUCUCUCCUGGGAUCACUCAAGUUGCUGGACGAGAAAGUUUAUCCCGAUGGGGUGUCAAUUUCGCAAAUGGACCUCAAGUCGAAGAAUCCGAAGAGUCUGGGCGGCGAGGGUAAUCUGGAGGCGGGCGUUUCUGUGCAAGAGGAGCCAAAGGCCGGUCAGGGUGAGUGCGAGGGCGGCAGUUCAACAUUCCAGCGCACAUCGAGCUUCAAGCGCUUCAACAGGUCCAGCUCGAAGCGCAAGAAGGCCAAGACAAAGAGUGAGAGUGAAUCUGGCGAUGUGGUGCUGAACAAUGGUCACCAAUUGGCCUCUGUCAGUGCCGCGACGCUGUCGGCGAAGCAGAAUAACGUGGCACAGCAGAUGAGACGCUCGCAUCCUGGCCUCCAGGCGGCGCACAGGAUUCAGAAUGACACCAAAGACAAUCGCCUGAGUCCGCAGAACUCCUUCAGACGUCCAUCGUCGGCCUCCCUGCGGCGCGCCUCGUGCAUCUACAACAACGCCCAUCUGUAUCACAACGUGAGCCGGCGCUCGUCCAUCAAGAACUACCCGAGCCCCAACAAUCGACGGCGGAUGUCCUCAAUUGAGCACGCGUACGAGAAAGUGUCGAACAUCAACAUUUAUAACUUUGAGAACCAGCAGCGACUCGAGGACCCGCGCAAUUCCAAGAUAAAUCUCGAGAUGCUGCAGAAGUCCAUCUCCAACAUCCACAUUCCCGCCAAUCAGGAGGUGGCGACGCAACAGAUGGCCCGAGACGAGCACAGGCCUAGAUUGAAGCGGAUUAUCGAGCACUUCAGCUCGAGGACGUUCACCGAGGAGAGAGACGACUUCUCGCUCUACAUCUUCCCACCGGACAACAAGUUUCGCGGCGUUUGCAGCUGGUUUGUGAAUCAAAAGUGGUUCGACAAUGUGAUCCUAUUGUUCAUCGCCCUCAAUUGCAUCACACUGGCCAUGGAGCGCCCCAACAUUCCGCCCACGAGCUCGGAGAGAAUCUUCCUCGCCACCGCGAACUACAUCUUCACCGUGGUGUUCACGGCCGAGAUGUUCAUCAAGGUGGUGGCGACGGGCAUGUUCUACGGCCACGACGCCUACUUCACGUCCGGCUGGAACAUCAUGGACGGCUCGCUGGUGAUCAUCUCCAUUAUCGAUCUGCUCAUGUCGCUAAUAAGCGAAUCCAGUCCGCGCAUCUUUGGCAUUCUGCGCGUCUUCCGGCUGCUGAGAUCCUUGAGACCACUGAGGGUGAUCAACAGAGCGCCGGGACUGAAGCUGGUCGUGCAGACGCUGCUCUCCUCGCUGCGCCCCAUCGGAAACAUCCUGCUGAUCUGUGUCACGUUCUUCGUGAUAUUCGGCAUCUUGGGCGUUCAGCUGUUCAAGGGGACGUUCUACUACUGCGAGGGCGAACACAUAAAAGGUGUCAAGAACAAGACGGAUUGUCUGUCAAAUCCCAAUAACGUGUGGAUCAACAGGAAGUACAAUUUUGAUGACUUGGGCAAGGCUCUGAUGUCACUAUUUGUCUUAUCCUCACGAGACGGAUGGGUCAACAUCAUGUACACUGGCCUGGACGCCGUGGGAGUCGAUCAGCAGCCCAUCGUGAAUUACAAUGAGUGGCGCCUUCUCUACUUCAUCGCGUUCAUUCUACUCGUGGGAUUCUUCGUGCUCAACAUGUUCGUCGGCGUCGUGGUGGAGAACUUCCAUCGAUGCCGCGAGGAGCAGGAGAAGGAGGAGAAGCUGCGAAGGGCCGCAAAGCGUGUCAAACAACUGGAGAAGAGUCGCAAAAGAAUGAGCAUUCCGCCGUAUUACACCAACUACUCGCCUCUGCGGCUGUUCGUGCACAGCGUAGUGACGUCCAAGUACUUCGAUCUGGCGAUCGCCGCUGUGAUCGGCCUGAACGUGGUGACGAUGGCGAUGGAGUACUACAAGAUGCCGAUGGCGCUGGAAUAUGCGCUCAAGAUCUUCAACUACUUCUUCACGGCCGUGUUCAUCCUCGAGGCCAUCAUGAAGCUGGUGGCUCUCGGCGCGAAGAUCUACCUGAAGGACAAGUGGAACCAACUGGACGUGGCCAUCGUCAUCCUGUCCAUUGUGGGCAUUAUCCUGGAGGAGCUGGAGACGAACAUUAUCCCCAUCAAUCCCACCAUCAUUCGCGUAAUGCGCGUGCUGCGUAUCGCUCGUGUGCUGAAGCUGCUGAAGAUGGCGAAGGGAAUUCGCGCGCUUCUGGACACAGUCAUGCAAGCUUUGCCACAGGUCGGCAAUUUGGGCCUCCUUUUCUUUCUGUUAUUCUUCAUAUUUGCCGCUCUGGGAGUUGAGCUCUUCGGACGCCUGGAGUGCUCGGAUGACGUGCCGUGCCAGGGUCUCGGGGAGCAUGCUCACUUCGCCAACUUCGGAAUGGCGUUCCUCACGCUCUUCCGAGUGGCCACAGGCGAUAACUGGAACGGCAUUAUGAAAGACACGCUGCGCGAUGACUGUGACGACGCGGCGGACUGCGUGCGGAACUGUUGCGUCAGUACGGUUAUCGCGCCCAUCUUUUUCGUUAUCUUUGUGUUGAUGGCCCAAUUUGUGCUGGUCAAUGUGGUGGUGGCGGUGCUGAUGAAGCACCUGGAGGAGAGCCACAAGCAGAUGGAGGACGAGAUUGAGAUUGACAAUCAGCUGGAGCGGGAGUUUGAGAAUCGGCAGAAGGAGAAGGAGGACCAGGAGCUGUGCAUGCAGCUGGAGGCGGAGACGAAUAGUCUGCAGAAGCGUCCUCUGGCCAAGGUGUCCUCCCUGCCGUCGAACUUCACGUACAGCACGCCCGUGUUCGAGCGGCGCUACUCGUCGCAGCGCCGCCAGACGAUCCAGUACUUCCAGCAGACGCUGGGCAUGGGCUCGGAUCUGAGGAACUACAAUGCGGCGGUGUUCAACAAGAAAGGGCGACAUUCCACGGACGAGGGCGACGGCAAGUACAGCUGCGUGAAUGGAUUUGAGUUCGCCGAUCAGCAAUUUGCGCGCGGAAAGUUCCACAAGAAGAGAUCGUGGAAGCCCAGGCUGUCUCAGGACAGAUCUUUCGAUGAGGAGCCGGCGGAUGAGGUGCGCCCCAGUGAGGCGCACUCCACCCAAGAUAUGCCGUCGCUGGACAAGCGCGAAGACGUGGCGCAGCGAUCGGCGUCGACGAAGACGCUGACAAAGAGCUUCACGGUGGACCGCGAGCCGGAGCUGAUCCUGCUGCCGGAGAACAUCAGCGGCCUGGGGGAUGAGAAGACACUGUCCGAAGUGAGAAAGUCCAAUCCCUUCCUCUCUAAUCGCUCCUUCUCCACAGACACGGGCAAGUCGUACCUGAGCGUGCCGAAGCUGCAGCCGCGCAGUCGCUCCGGCAGCACAAAGCAGCUCUUUAAGCAGGCCGCCGUGGAGGAGGACCACGACGUGGACGAGAGCACUCUGCUCCUGCCCACGGCGGGCCUCAGUGCCGGCGGCGCGGCGGCGGCCGGCACCAAGGACGGUACGGAUCUGAUCGAGGAGGAGAAGAUCCAGGAGGACGAGCAGCAGGCGCCCGCCGAGGAGACCAAGAAGUCAGACUCGACGGAGAUCCUGAGGAUCAUCUCCGAGAGACGGCGAAUGGAGAGGAAGGACACUGACGACAGUUCAGGCUACAAUGAAUUGCUCAUUACCAAAUCCCCGGAAUCGUCGGCAGACACCUAGGCGCUUAAGGUUUUAGGCUAAGAAGUUGAGUUUUUCUUUCCAGGAUUGAGGACAGAGUUCAGCAUGUGACGGUUUUAACUCGAAUUUACUUGGUGUUCAGCGAACAGAAGAGCUGGAAAAUGCAUGUGUCUUCAGCUAAAGGAUAUGUGCUAAGGCAAAAAAAACAAUAUUUAGCUAAAUUUUUAGCUAAUUUCCAGUAUAUUUGUCAAUACUUCUGCUCAAAAUUGAGGUCAAUUUUUGUGAUUUUAUACUUUCUUCGUUCGCUUUGUUUUAAAUUUAGGUGUUAUUUUGUUACACUUUGGCAAAACUUCCGCGAGAAGCGCUAUUGUAGCUCGAAAAUGUGCUCAAAUUUGUGCUUUUUAGAGCACAUUUUACAACAAUUUGAAGAAUUUUGCGUCCUGUUCGCUGAAUUUGCUCAAAAAUUGGAACUUCUGUGCCAAGGAAGACGAACUUUGCUCUCAAUCCGAUCUCGUUGACUCUCUUUCUCUCUAUGUAGGCGAAACUCUAUUUAGGCGAAUGAUUCUUUUGAUAUUCAGUGAAAAGAGAGAAAAGAGUACGUUCAAUGGCAAAGGUUUCUCUAUACGCAAAAUGGGAUUAAAAUGAAAAAAAUAAAUAAAUAAAACAUGUGUAAAGUUGUAUAAAUAUGGGAUACAAAAGAACGAAGAAAAUCAUACUCUAGUGCUAUUUAAUGAAAUUUGCCUUUCCUCUACUUUAGAUUUUUACACAAUUGAAUUUGAAACAUGUUACAUAUUAAGAUCUAUAUUAACUCUAAACAUAGGGAAGUAUUAUAAACAAAAAAAGGUCUCUACGUAAAAUGGUGAGGAGAAGGAGAUACAAUUUAGUGACAAUGUAGUUAAAAGAGAGAGAGUCUCUUUAGAUGAAAAGUUGAGGUAUUUUGUGGGUUUUCUGUUUAGGACAAAGAGAACUUUUAGGGUGGCGUUAGGGAAAAAUGAUUUAGAGGGAGAAAAGAAGUCUCUUUGACGAUAGAGAAAGUCUGUCAAUUAAUUAAUUAAACAUGAAGUAAAAUAAAAACAGGAAAAAUGGAGCCACAAAUGUGUGUGAGAAAAAAUGAAAUCUUUGACCAAAACUGAUUGAAAAAUCUCUGAAACGACAAUUAAUAGCAAUAACACAAUAAAUGAUGACAAACCAAGAGGAAUAUUGAUGUAAAAACAAAACUGUGGGGUUGAAAAGCGCCAAAGGAAGUUCAUCAACCGCAAAGUGGUGGAGGAAGAAAAAAAAACAGUCAUUAAUAUAUUUAAUCAGGGAUUUUAUGGAAUAAAUAACUCUUGAUCUGUUUAUUUUGUCAAUCUUCAUCUGUCUCUUCGCAGACUUUUGCUCACGAGAAACAACAACAAACAGAGGAUUUAGUAUUGUUUUUUUUUUCUAAAAUAGAAAUUUCAUGACAAGCGUCAGUAUUACAAGAGAAGACAAACAGUUGUUAGGUUGAUGUGAACAAGUUAUUAAAUGUAUUUAAAAGAAACAAAAAAAA